AUGGUGAGAACUCCUUUUAUUGACAAAAAUGGAAUAAAAAGAGGUGCAUGGAGUGAAGAUGAAGACAACAAAUUAAGAGCUUUUGUUGAAAGAUUUGGUCAUCCCAAUUGGAGGCAAUUGCCUAAAUAUGCUGGUCUAAUGAGAUGUGGAAAGAGCUGCAGGUUGAGAUGGAUGAAUUACUUAAGGCCUAAUUUGAAGAAAGGGAAUUAUAGUCUUGAAGAAGAUCAACUCAUAAUUAAAUUACACAAUGAACUUGGAAAUAGAUGGUCCGCGAUUGCUGAAAAAUUAGGAGGAAGAUCGGACAACGAUGUCAAAAAUCAUUGGCAUGCUCAUCUUAAGAAACGUGUGAGAUUUACAAAUACAAAUUCAUCGCAGUCUGGAUCGUGUCAAUUAAAUGAACAAAAUGUUGCUGCAACCUUAACGUAUCCAGAGGUUUCGUCAAGUGAUCAUUUAUAUUCCCUUUUCAAUGGAUUAACGGAUAACUUGAUCGAACAAAAUCAGUCCAUUGAACAACUUUCAUUUUUCACUUCAUUCGAAACAGAUUCCUUUUCCUGGACAAAUAAUAUCGAGACUGAAUCCUUUGACCUUUUUUCGAUCCAACCCUUUGAUAAUUUCUGGACAAAACCUUUCUUUUAA